UUUAUCGUGUUUACUAAAAUAUAUUUUAACAAUGCCGAAAGGAAAAUCAAAGAAGUUUAUUGACAAGAAUAAUUCGGUUACAUUUCACUUGGUACAUCGUUCACAAAAAGAUCCACUGAUAGCUGAUGAAACAGCCCCACAAAGAGUACUUGUGCCAGCUGGUGAAACACAAGCUACCAAAUUAGAAAAGAAACCAGUAGAAAAGAAAAAACGUAUUGAAGAGCAGAAAAAAUAUGGGAUAUAUUUUGAUGAUGAUUAUGAUUAUUUACAACAUUUAAAAGAUGUUAAUACUUUGGACGUUGAAUGGGUACACGUGGAGCCUGUAAAUGUUAAAGAAAAGAAAAAGAGCGAAGAUCAUAAACUCAAUUUACCAUCAUCUGUAUUUGCUUCAAAUGUUGAAGAGAAAGUUGGUUUGUUAAACAAAGCUGCACCAGUUACUGGACUUAGAUUAGAAGUUGAUCCAGAUAUAGCAGCUGCGUUGGAUGAUGAUUUUGAUUUUGAUGAUCCUGAAAAUGAAUUGGAAGACAAUUUUAUGGAAUUGGCAAAUGCUGGAGGUAGCGAUGAAGAAGGCUUCGACGAUGAAGAAUAUGAAAAUGAUGAAGAAUGUAGCGAAGAAGAAGAAGAAGAUACGGAUGUUUCAUCUAAUGAUCAGAUGGGGCUUUCUGAUGAAGAAAAAGAUGAAGUAUGCAGUUUAAGUGGUCCGCAAUAUACUUUCAAGGAUGAAGAAACGAAAUCACGAUUUACAGAAUACUCUAUGAGCAGUAGCGUAAUGAGAAGAAAUGAACAGCUAGCACUGUUAGAUGAAAAGUUUGAACAAAUGUACAGUGUAUAUGAUGAUAAUGAAAUUGGUGCUUUAGAUUGGGAUGAAAUAGAAGGACAUGUGGCACCUGAUUCAAAUAUGGUUUUAGAAUGCGCCAAAGAAUUCGAACAAUUACAAAAAGAAGAUGCGGAAAACAUAACUGAUCUAAUGCGAGAGAGGAUGAAAAUUAUGGAACAAUGUUCCAGUUCUGACGAAGAUGAUAUGGAAAAGUUAGUUGUUGAAGCUAGAGAAACAGAAAAGUGGGAUUGUGAAAGUAUUCUAAGCACAUACAGUAAUAUUUAUAAUCAUCCUAAACUUAUUGUAGAACAAAAGAAUAUUCCAAACAAAAUAAAAGUUCAUGCUAGAACUGGUAUACCAAAAGAUGUAUUGGGUUGCCCAGCAGGAAAAUUAACUUCAAAAGCAUUGGCACAAUUUAAUUUGCAAAAUAAUGCUACAGAAUCGAAAGGUCCGCAUUCUGUAGCCGAUACAAUGAAAUCUACUUUAAGUAUUUUAAGUGUUAGACCAAAGGAUGAAACUCCUGAAGAAAGAAAAGAAAGGAAAAAAGCAUUAAAAGAGUACAGGAAGGAAAGAAGAAUAGAACGCAAGAUCAACAAAGAUGCAUUCAAGGAAGAAAAGAAACGACAAGAGAAGAUAUUGUUAAAUGUGAAACAAAAUGUUCAAAGUAGAUUAUCAUAUAAAUAAUUUAAAUGUAGUAACAUUAAUUAUAUUUGUGUUAUAUUUAUAUUUUAUAAAAAAUA